CUGGAGCCAAUCCAGUUGACUUUGGACCACCCAAUCACAUUACACACAAACACCAACGGGCAAUUUGGAAUACAAUCAGCUGAGCUUGCAUGUUUUUAGAAUGUGGGAGGAAGCUCCGCCCACUAUGAUAUAACCAAUUAUCACCAAUUCCACACCACCACUGGGAGACACCGACAUCACAAGCACAUCACUCAAAUAAGAGUGGGAGUCGUGACUGAGCAAGACCAAAGAUGAUCCUGUGGGCUGCCUUGCUGAUGUGCCAUUUUGGGUUUGGAGGUGCUGGACCAAAUCUGGAAGUGGAAAGGAUAACGGCAUGUGGUACCAAGUGUUCUCAGGGCCUUCAAUGCAAGUCCAAGCCAGCUUAUUUUGUUCCUCCUCCUUGCCGGAAGCCUACUGACGGACUUGACGUGACCGCUGUUUUCCGCAACCUCAGCUUUUCCACUGUCAUGAUGUGCGAGGCGAGCCGGAAAUGUUCCUUGCGCCUUCGGAUCAAAACAACUGCACACCUUGCCAAGUCCAUCCAGGGCUUUUCCAUUUGCUCCGAGACGCCGGGAACGCCGCAAAAGUGCCGAAGCAUCAGCAUCUCAAAAGUGUCCAGGCGGAAAAUGGCAGGGAUGGAGGUGGAGGUGGAGAACGAUUGCAUUGAUGUUUCUCCGCGGCAGAAAGUGAGAGUCAGCGUCACCACGUUCCCGAGCUACUGUGGGAUAACCCAGAGUGGGACUUACGUGGCUCCAGACUGCUCAUGGAAGGAUCUGAGAAGAAACAUCCCAGAAUGCUCUACUGGUCAGCUCUGGCACGACGUCGACCUGGAUCGGAAGGAAGUACGCGUCGGGGUCAGCGAGGCCCUGCAGGGUCACGACUACCACGUGCGACUCUGCCGGAAGGAUUUCAUCUGCGUCGGCACCGGCGCCAACGCUAUGAUCAAGAAAGAAGAGCCCGACAACAGCGUGGUUCUGUCUUUCUCCAGACCGUUGCCGUGCCUGUGCAUUGAGGGUUGGCCGGCCGUGAUGGACGCCCCCAGAGUUCAGGUCUGCCCUUUCAAAGACGCCUUGGAGGAGAUGUGGCACGGGAUUCGUUUCGACCCGCUGGAGGAGGCGCUGUCGUGGGAACCUGCCUGUCCGCUUUCGGCUCGGGUGACUCUGUGCCAGAGGCGGGAGGAAGACGGCUGUUCUGAUCAGGAGAGCGUCUGGCGCGAUAUCAGCAGAGAGAUGAUAACAUUUGCAAAAGUGGACCCUCACCCUCAACUCUGCAUGAAGUUCACUGCAGGCAACCAGUCUUGGAUCAGGUGUCCUUUUGUCAAGAGACUCCAAGUGUGGGACGUGACCUUGACGCCACAAGGGUCAACGCUGACAUCACGCAUCAACGCCACUUUCUCCAUCGACGCGUGUAGGCCCUCUCAAGACUCGACCGCGUGUCACGCAACUGGGACCGGCGUGACCGUGCAAGUGGGGGAGCACUCAUCCGUCAACCUGACAGACGUCCACGGUUGCGUUCUUGUGAGGAGGACGGAUGUGAAUUACGCCGCCACCGUCCUUCACUGCCCCACCCAGCACGUCAGUCAGGGGUCAACUCUCGGAACACAAGCCGGCUGGGACGUCAUCUCACUUGGUCUUGGCCUCGCCACGAUCAGCGUGGUCGCCUUGGCGUUUCUUUUUACGAUCGCAGUUGAUCGAAGGAGAAAGGAAACAAAGAUGAAGUGCGUUAAAAAACACAACAGAUUCUACACUUCUGAAUGUGACUUUCUUUCUGAAAAUGAAUAAAAGACAAGAAAAAGGUCAAA